CCGCACUUGCUGCAUGGGACAAGACAGGAAGAUCCACUGCGACCAGGGUAGUUCUCCGGGACGUGGAGCUCAGAGCGUCAGGGACCUAUAAGUGUGAGGUUAUAACAAACGAGCCUUAUUUCUACGUUUUCUCGAAGUCAUCGAGCAUGACAGUCACUGAGCCAACAAUUAGCAUGGAAUUUACGGAUAACAUAACAGCCGAAGCUGGUUCGACGGCUGUUCUCAGCUGCCGAGUCCUUAAUCUUGGAGAACGCACGGUGUUAUGGAUCCGCAACGAGGACCGAUACCUGACGGCCGCCCUCUUCACCAUAACGGAUGACGGUCGCUUCACCCCCUCCGUUGAGGACGCGAACGUGUGGCAGCUGAGGAUCCGGGACGUACAACCGGAGGAUUCCGGGGCCUACGCCUGCCAGGUGUCCACACGGCCGCCUACGGUCAAGACGGUGUGGCUGAUCGUCGCAGGUCCUCCAACAGCCGAAGCCCCUGCCUCGCCAACGCCCACGAUAUGUCUUCCACCAUUUCAGUUAAUCAGUGAUCAUGUCUGUAUUUUGGUUGAGACGAUGGCAAAGAGAAGCUGGUUUGACGCCCAACAAUAUUGCAGGUCGCAGGGUGGCGACCUGGCCAAGGAGGAUGACAGCGCCUACAUCAGAAUAUACCUGGAGCAAAAUUUCGGCAUCAGCGGCGAUACAUGGACGCGAUGGCCGUUCUGGCUCGGCGGCAAGGAGGGCGGGGCCGAGGGCGUGGACGGGUGGCGGUGGACGGACGGAAGCCGCGUCGCCGCCGCCGUUUGGGCCACCAGCGAACCCAAGCAGUAUCCCAGGAAAGGGGCACCUCGGGGCACAUGUUUGGUACUGGAUGGCUUCCAGGCCUACAGUGCUUCUGCUCUCCCUUGUCAUUUGAGGAGACGCUUCAUCUGCCGCGUCAUGUAGACGCAUUAAGCAUACAUCGUCCUCAUACCUUAAACAGACGUUUGACACAUAAUCAAUUUGGGUUAAGCUGUUUUUGCAGUGCCUAUGUAUUUUAAGUCUAAUGUCUCCAUAAUUUCUUUUGUUUUGUAGGCAGGGGCGUCAUGGGAUGCUGGGGGGAGCGGUUACCCCCUAAAACGCUGUUUGUCUCAUCAAGGUCUGACUUUUUUCUUCCUUUUUCCCCUAAAUCAACCUGUAUAGCUGUAAUUAUAGCUUAUAAUUGUCCCUAGAAUAGUUAAGUUUAAAAAAAAAUUAUCGCGGGCUCGCAGUGAAGCUAAUUAUGCUCGUUUUGUUUACCAACCAUGACCCCCCCCCCUCCCGCCCCUGAAAAAGCUGAAAUACCUGCCUGCCGGUUGGAACUUAGUUAAGAUAGGAUGAUGGACAGCAUUUUGUUUAAUAUGGUUUUCGUCACCUGUCCAGCUUCUACAUCCUUAUUUUAGCUGACUCUUUGACAGUUGGGCGCUGAGAGCAGGAGAUGAUAUAACCAGAUUUUCAAUGUUAGUGUGAUGCAUCUGGAGUGUCUUCCAUCAUAUUACUUGCCAUGGUGCGCUACUCCUAAAGUCUAAGCACUUUAUCUGCAAUUUUUCGCAUUCGGCGAUUGCAGUUGAUCGCCGAAUGUUAUAUGCCAAAUACUCUUUAUUUAAUUUUGUUACUCUUCAUUUGACCAUUUAAGGGGUAUUUAAAAGAUAUUUUAUAAUGAAACGCAAGUGAAAAUGGUGCAGGGUUAUACAGAAAGCCAUAACGUUAAUAUUAGGCUCAAAUGAGUCAAUAAAACGUAAUACAUCAUAGGCAGUAUUGAUAAAUGGAUGAUAAAAAUCGACUGUAUUAAUCUCAUAAGGGACUGUAUUUGAUUACCUUUAAUACGAAAAAAUAUAAAGAAUUAUAGAUAUACUACAUGUGUUUUUGAAAUACAUCGAAAUGCAGAAAGGCGAAUAAACACUCGAAGUACAGAGUCGCAGCCGGAGGACUAAAUUCGAAUUUGUAUACAUUUUGAUCCUUUGAAUAAAGCUGCACAAAUACUAAAAUAUUACAAUAAGAUGAUAACAAGAAUAAGAUUUAUAGUUAUAGAAAAUAAUAAUAAUGAUAAUGGAGAUAAUGAAAAUAAGAAUUAUUACUAUUAUUAUGUUAUUAUUAUUAUUGUUAUCAUUAAGAGCAUUACUAUAGUAUUUGACAUAACAAGUAUUAUGCGAUUAGUCUAUUUUUUCUAGAACCAGUUUGCAUUUCCACACCCAUCAAGAGUCAAGCGAUUUCUAUCGGCAUCCACUAACGAAAUAUAGCAGGAACAGUCGGGAUGAUUAAUGAGUAAGCAAAAUAUGAAUGUACCGUUUUUAUUAUGAUUAAUACCAUUACUGUCAUUGUCAUUGUCACUGUUAUUGCCAGUAUCCUUUAUUAAAAUCAGUAUUAUCA